AUGGGUUGGCUGAGUAAGAUUCUUAAAGGUUCGUCUUCUUGUCCUUCUCCUAAAUCUAAAAGGAAAUCUCGCUGCAACUGCCAUGACCACACCGGAAGCUCGACAAUGGACGCGGAUUAUGCCGAGGACGAUUCACCCGAAAACUCUGAGAAUGCAGAACUAGAUUGCUUGACUACCCGAUCCCAGUCAGAAGCAGUCAGUGAGGAAGGUGAAGAGUGUGAUCCAGAGGAUGAAAAUGAGGAAUUUGCCGAAGAUGAAAGACUAGCGUUGGCGCUUCAACAGAAUUUGAGUCUAGAAGGUCGUCCUCAGCAUGUUAUGGCAACCAUAUUCCAGCCCACUCCCUCCUUUUACUCUCCUAAUCAGAGAAGUUGUGUGACAUGCCAUGAAGAGAUUAAUGAAGAGCAAUGUUUCAGUUGCACGAACGCUUUCUGGCCUACUUCAGGAUGCUUUCAAGGCCAGACAAUUAAUUUGCCUUUUGCAAACUAUGAGGAGAAUUCCAGUUGGCCUCGUCCUCGCAUCGAGUCCUAUUAUGACAUUCAUCGUUGUCCAAAAUGUGAUGUUUGCAAGAAACCAGUAAGCCUAGACUCUUCGGGCAGUCCUCUAUAUGAAGUAUCACCAAUAUGGGGCCAAACGUACUGCAUCAAGCAUCGACGCGAUGGGACUGCUACAUGUUUUACCUGUAACCGACUAGAGCCAUUUGGAGCUGAAUAUUCUUGGCUCAGUGAUGGUAGGAGAAUAUGUUCAGACUGUCAAAGGUCGGCAAUUACGAGUCUAAGUGAAUGCCAGCCUCUUAUUGUCGAAAUACAAAAUUUUUACGAGGGAUUAGACAUGAAAGUGGAGCAGGAGAUUCCAUUCAAAUUGGUUGACCUCAAAGCCCUGAAUGAGAAUGGACCGGGAAAGUGUGUGGGGUUGACAAGGUCAUUUGAACUGCCUCUUCAAACGAUCAUCUCGACCCCAGUGUUUGGACCUGGCAACGAGCUGACUGAAAUCGUAACAGAGCCACAUAAACUCGUCAGUUAUAAAGAGGUGGUAGACAUAAAGGUUUUGAGGGACACCCCCAGGUUAUAUACGGGUAUGAACCUUGCCCAUGAGAUGAUGCAUGCGUGGCUUGCACUCCACGGUUCUUAUUUAAAUAUUCGCCGGCGUUGCGAGCUUGGCUAUCUGGGCAAUGAAAGUGGUAAGAUUCAUGAGGGUCUCUGCGAAGUUAUGGCCCAUAUAUGGUUGGAUACAGAGAUCCAUGCCAUGUCUCGAAGUGAGUACAUUUCGUCUUCUCGGGACGUCUUUGAGGAGAAACUUGCACACCAUCUGAAGCGUAUGAUGGAGCUAAACCGCGAUCCAACCUAUGGAGAUGGAUUUCGAAUGGUGCACCGUGCAGUCUCCAAGUAUGGACUCAAGGGAACUCUUGAUUAUAUCCGAAUGACUGGGGGUUUUCCCAGGUAAUUUAUGUAGUCAUGUUUUGCACAUUUUUCAAUCAUUGCUAACGCUACUGCCCAAAUGAAUGGAGGCACAAAAUGUGGCAUUAUUUAACCUUGAUAUGCAUGUCACUUUUGCCGCCUCUAUUGGAUUUAGAGGCAACAAUAUGCUUAUCAGGAGUGCUUUGGUCGAUCGGUAAACAUAAUCAUGUUAGUGAUAUGCUCUAGAGUCUGGUUUAUAUAUUUGGAUAAUUCUUUUAAAUGACAAUAAAGUUUAUU